AUGCAUUUCAAUACAGUAUCCAGCAUUCUUGUACUUUGCCUCUCUGUAGCCACACCGACUUCUGCGGAGCAUAAAGGUUUAUGUUGCGACACCUCGUUGACAUCUGGUACUCCAGCCUGUGGCAUUCAACAAUCAAGCUGUUGCCACAAUGAGUCCGAUCCAAUCAGUUGCUUAGAUGACUUUUCAGUGAUUAGAGUAGUCACUGGACAGCCUGCUGGUGCACGUGGACUAGCUAUCGAAUGUGGGUCUGGAGGGCAAAUAUGGUGCAUAGCUGUCUGA